CAAUUCUGAAUGAUCAAUGCGUGGGAACUAGAUUCUCGAUGUUUGCAACCUAUCGUCGUAGACGUAGACUUAGACGGUGAGGACAGACAGUGACGAACAGAAAGAUGCACGGGGUCUCUUCCCAUCCUGGAUAAUUGGCGGAAUCCCCGCAAAAUUAGGCAACAAAUUGGCGAUUUCGAUGGUCGAGGAAAGUUGUUCCCCGGCAGGAUGGAAGCAAUCGUGCCAGCGGAUCCACAGCAGUCAAUUCCCAACGGUCAAUGUGUGGGAACAAGAUUCUCGAUGUUUGCAACCUCCCUUCGUAGACGUAGACGGUGAAAACAGACAGUGACAGACAGAAAAAUGCACGAGGUCUUUUCUCAUCCUGGCGAAUUCGCGACACUCCCUCAAAAUUCGGCAAGAUAUUAGGAGCCAUCAUCGGAUUUCUCCCGCUUCUGACCGAGUCGGACUUCCCGCCAGUUUCAACUGAACUUGAGGAGAGCUACCACUGAAGUGACGAACGACGGAGAAUCACGUCGACUUCACUGAGCUCUAGCGGUGACGUAGAAGUCGAACCCUCGAUUCUGCCUCGAUUCUGCCGACUUCAAGAGCAGGCGAGGGUUUCCGAGCACGUUCUGGCCUUUCUCGAACGGCGGACCCGGUUGUGCGGCACAGUGGUGCCGAAUUGGAGACCAGGACAUCGAUCUCGUGGCGCGCGCAGUCUGAAAAGUGGUCGAAGUCCGCAAGGAUCAUUCGAGCUCGAGCAAGUACGAAACGCGCGGGGUCAUCGAGCUUGAUGGCAAUUCCCUCUGAAGUGGGAUACUGGUCCACCUACUACGACACGAACGACGAGCCAGAGGCCACACGGAUUCUAAACGCCGCCAGUCGAUUGCCGGCUCUUGUAGUUUUCGAUCUAGAUUACACUCUGUGGCCGUAUUUCUGCGAUUGUCGCUCCGAGAAUGAAAGCCCUGUGCUGUAUUCUCAGGCGAAGGGGGUAAUCCAGGCCCUGAAAUCGAAAGGGGUCUUGAUGGCCAUAGCAUCGCGGUCGCCCACCGCAAACAAAGCACGGACGUUUCUCUCGAAAUUGGAUCUUCUCUCGAGUUUCUCCGUCAUGGAAGUGUACCCGAGCUGGAGCGACAAAACCGAUCACUUUCAGAAAAUCCAUCAAAAAACGGGCAUUCCCUAUAACUCCAUGCUCUUCUUCGACGACGAGGACCGCAACAUUCAGGCUGUCGGCCACAUGGGUGUCAAAAGCGUGCAGGUUCACAACGGCGUCAACCUCGCUGCCCUCAAGGCAGGGCUUCAGAAAUUUGCUGGCACGGAGAAUAUGGAGCCUCAAGGCCGGAGAGUCCGACCGGAGAGCAUGGCCGGUUGUUUGGAAAUGGCAGAGAAGACGAACGUCGACACAGAUUAAGAAGGCACUCGAGAAAACGUGGCGAUGAUCGGCCAGCAGUCGGACAAUUCUGAGGUUCCUCGGACUUCUGAAGUUCAAACCCUCUCACGAGGACCUCCGGAGAGUAGAUUCGCAGUGUCGCAUCUGGAUGCGAGGUACUCGAAUUCAAAGGCUGUUUCCAAAUCUCCCAGGAACGUCCGGAGUACUCCGCGCACUUCGAAACGUCACAUGCCGACCGAUCGAUUCGGCUCGACAACGCUCGCAUGUAUAAACGAAGCAGCGAGAAGCUACGGAUCCAUCACUAGUACAUUGCUCUCGAAUUCUUUUUCUUGUACAGUUUCUGCAUGAAUAGUUCCACGCGGAGUCCAUGAGAGUUCGAAAUUCGAAAGAUGGUGCCAAGCAUUCUGAAUUCUGAAAUCUGUACAUGGUCAGAACGAAGUUUUCGCUCAUCGGUCCAGGACUGUCUCAUGAGUUCUGGUCCUUCACGGUUAUUCAUCUGAGGCUACUUCGUGUCUUCACUGUCCGGCCAGUCAGAGUUCCUUCUUAAGAUGACGCGUUCAGUUCCGUGCGAUGCCAUUGAAAAGAAAAACUUCUAAUUCCCUCAGAUGCAGUUACUGAUCGUCUCGUGAUCGUCUCGCUCUGGAUGUCACUGAUGCAGAGUGUGCACUUGCAUCUUUCGGUUGGCAAGUGGACCAUGAAGAAGCGCAGCUGCCUUCUGGAAAUGCCGUGACGGGUUUCCAAUUUCUCAGCCUGAAAUAUCGAUCUAUGGUACCUGGGGCACAGGUGUCCUCCUGCUUCUUUGGCCUUUGCUUGCUCAUCUUGUUCGAUGGCUCUUGCCAUCGAGCCUCCGAUUCGAAGCGUCCUCGCUUCUCUGCCACGAGAGGACAAGUUAAGGUGCUCGUUCGGAUACCCUCAAUCUUUACAGAAUAGGACAUUUGUGGAAUUAAC